AUGUUGAAUUUUUCAUGGGAAGAUUGUGGUCCCAGUUCUGAUCCAAUUCAAGUAACAUCAUUGACUAUUAGUCCAGACCCUGUUGAAAUACCAGGAGACCUGACUCUUGCUGUUUCUGCUGAUAUUACAUCUGCAUUACCAACAGAUAUUUAUAUAGCACUUACUAUGGAAAGAAAAGUUGACGGUCUUUAUAUAAAAGUACCAUGUAUUGAUAAUGUUGGUUCAUGCAAUUAUGGUAAUAUUUGUGAAGCUUGGGCUCAAGUAUGUCCACAAUAUUUCGCAAAAUAUGGUAUUCCAUGUGAUUGUCCAAUACCUGCUAACACCUAUUCAAUACCUGAAACAACUGUGACAAUAACAUCAACAUUACCAGCUCUAUUAACAGGUACAUUUCGAAUAACUGCUGAUAUUCGUUCUAGUGAAGGUCAUCUUGGCUGUAUUCAAGCUCAAAUUAAUCUUAAAACAUAA